CCAGACAGCUCAUCCCCAGGGCUGAGGAAAGCACAAGAGCUUGGGGCACCCAGUCCAGCUGUGGCUGUGCUGGUCCCAGCGCUACCAUUUUGCGUAGCAGCCACAGCUCUGGCUGGCAUCACUGCAGUGCCAAGGGUCGGCAGUGCCAGGGCUUGGCUGUUCCUGAGCUCAGGGGCAGUCAGAACACACACCUGGGGUUGUGUUGCCCACUGGGAGGUCUGUGCCCACCUGUCACCAGCACACUCCAUCACUGCUCUCUGACCAAAACCUGGACUGCCAGCAUGGUCAUCCAGCCCCCAGGCCUGGCAGGAGCUGCAGGACAGGCUGGCCACGGCCCUGAGCCAGACAGACACUGCUCAUGCUGUGUCGUAGGGCCAAAGGCAAGCGUCAGCACCGGAGCCACAGCGAGGGCAGCCCCAGGCACACGAGGACAUUCCGCAGCAGGAGCUGGAGCCAGCGCAGGUGCUGGCCUCGAUACAGGCGCUGCAGCUGGACCUGGACUUCUGCAGGGGCACAAACCGCGAGCGGCUGGUGCAGCUGCAGCAGCAGGAGUGUGCGGUUGAGCAGAAGCACCAGGACUUGAUCUUUCUAAUGCAGCAGUACCUGACACUGAUGGACAAGGUACCACUGCCAGGCACAACAGUCACAGGCCAGGCUGUGUGAGUCCUCUGCCCUUGGACAUGUGUCCCCCACAACCGUCCCACGGUGAGCUUAGGCACCAUGUCUGCCCCAUGGCCCUGCCUGCUAAGCUGCCCUGGGGAGGGCAGGGAAUGUACUGCCAGACACAUGUAGGACAUGGAUUUAGCACUGCACCCACAUGGAGUAGCCCAGACAUGGGGCCAGUGUGGCCCAGUCCAGGCAGCCAAGCAGAGCUGGGACACUGCAGCCCCUAAUGGCUCCACUGACACCCUGGGCACCAUUCCAGGGCUGGUGGCACUGCAGCAACCUACAGCCUCGCCAGCAUGUUGGGAUCACUGCUCUCCUCAUGUGGGCAGUCAGGCCAGGGACCUAGGGGAUGCAUUUCCAUGGCUGCUGGGUGUCCAGCAGAUGCUGCUGCAACAGGGACUGCGCAGAGAUGAGAGGACCAGGAGCCAGCAGCCAUCCUGCCUCCCACCUGGUGCAAGCCCCAUUCCUCUGCCACAGGCCCUCCCCAACAGCCACUUAUCUCAAACCAGCUGCCCCUGCAUCCCCAGCCUCUCUGCAGCAGGGGCACAAGGUGAUGCAGGGCAGUGACGCACAUCUCCACAGGACCAGAAGGAUGAGGCGGUGCAGACAGAAGUCACAUCCUAUGUGGCCACCCACAGCCAUUCCAACAGCAGCUGUGAGAUCCUGCGGGAGCACAGGGAGCUGCUGCAGCAGGUCAGCGCUGGCUGCCUGGCAGCAGCGCGGGGCCAGGAGAGAGCCAGCAGAUGGCACGUGGCUGUGUUGCUGUCGCAGGUGGUGGCGGACGCCGAGGCGACAUGCUGCAGGCAGGAAGGGACAGCCGAGGAACACGGGCACGAGGCUGACUGUGUGGUGGCAGCUGAGCUGCGGGCACGGCAGCAGCAAGGAGCUGGCAGCACAGCUCCAGGCCGAGCUGAGCCAGUGGCAGUGGAAACAGCAGGUGACCCUUGAGCAGGCGGUGCAACAUAUGCACGCUGCGGCCCAUGCUGCAGAGAAGCUGCAGAGGAGCCAAGAACAGCUCCAAGUCCUGAAGGAGCAGCUGGGGGCACAGGAGGAGCAGAGCCAGGGCCUGCGGCACAGCCUGGCCCAGCUGCAGGAAGAGCUGGGAGCCGCCCAGGCCCAGGAGCAGCAAAGUCUGCAGCAGCUUAGCAGAGCCAAGGAGACCAUCCAAGACCUGCAGCAGGAAGUGGCCUCCAAGAGAAAGCACCUGGCAGAGCUGGUGCAGCAGGUGCAGGACAUGGCCACCCUGCAGGCAGAGCUGGCCCGAGCCCAGCAAGAAAAGGCCAAGCAGGAGGAGAAGAUUGCAAACUACGAGGAACAGAGGCAGCAGCUCCACUGGGAGCUGAGGAAGCUGCAGGGGUCCCAGGAGCAGAGCAAGCAGGAGGUAUGUCCUAAGCCUCCCAGAGUGCACCAGGAGCCCACGCUCAGCCAGUCUCACUGUCUGUGCCACCCACAGGCUCAGUCACUGCGUGAGAGGCUGCAGGAGCUGAGCAGCCAAGCCCAACACUGGCAGCAGCUACACCAGGACAGUGAGCAAGCUCUGGCUGCACGAGAAGAGGAGCUGGUGGUUUGCAAGGUGGAGCUGGCUUUCCUCAAGGAAGAGCUCAGCAAGGCCAUGGAGCAGGUAGAAACCCUGGGCUGUUCCCAUGCCUUGGCAUGCUCUGACAGCAGCAGGCUGUGCAAGGACAGAGAGCUGGUGCUGGUCAACAUCAGCCAGUGUGUGAAGGAGCAGAUGCACCUUCAGGACAGCCUGGGCAGGCUGUGGGAGAACAAGUGCCUCACAGUCAGAACAUGUGAGCAGCACCACACGUGUGAAGAGCUGAAGGCGAGCAGAAUUCCCAGCACAGCCUGGCCUAGAACAGGGCCGGGCCAACAGUUGUGUGCGUACAGGGGCGGCUGGGCAAUGGCAGAACUGCCUCUGCCGCAGCAUGGGCCAGAGACAGGCUGGCUGCGCCCUCCAGGUCAGUAUAAUUCUGUGCCUUGCCCCAGGAUCUACAGAGGAACAACGGGACAGUGCCAGCCCCACACGAUUCUGCAUGGCUGCCUCCAUCCAGCACUUGCCUCAAGGACAAGAUGCAGUGCAAAUCAAAGCCAGGAUUAG